GAAACGUUGCGACUCGCGACGCAUUCCGACUCAGUAACCCCAACGGUUAACGGAAAACGACCCGAAUCCGCGAGCUUUCGGCGGUAAAGUUCAACGGUUACCGCCGUUUUUACCCACGCGAACACUCCAAUACGCUUUACAAUUGUGAAACUUUAAAUAACCGAGAAUUCAUAUCGACCUUUUUCACUACGAAUUAGCCACGAAUUUCAAUCGACAAUACCAGUUUUGGCAUUAUCGGUGCUUUCAUAUUUUUCGGUUAAUCCGCGUGUAUGUUUAUCAAAAAUAACAUCGUUAUUCGGCCUCAAUCGCGAGGGUAACAAGCACGGAGAGGACGAACGAGUAUCCGAAAGAUUCCCGAUAAGCGAUCAAUCGAGGAGGAUAAUUCUCUCGGGAAAUUCCGAGGGUAACGAAUACAGCGAAGGGAAUCAACGUUCGAGGAAAAUAAAGAAUGCAGCUGGGAAGAAAAGAAGCUGUAAGAAUGACGAGGACGAGUAUUUUCAUUAUUCUGACGAUGAGUGCACUCUCGAUAACCACUAGUCUUGGCGCACCGUUUGCCUACGAUCCUCAACUCGAGAUGAAACCAUCCUCUUGGCAGGAUAACUCGUUAACUCCAAUUGUCUCCGAACCGUGCUCGAGCAGCGGUUGCUGGGGAUGGUUAUCCCCACUGCCAAUCAACAGAGUCAGUAAUGAGAUUCUUCGAGAAAAAACCAACGACGCAAAACUGGAAGAUCAACCGCAACCAGGCGGGGAAAGCAAUUCACCGGCGUACCCUUGGAAACCGAAUUCGGGAGUUUUCGUUCCACGAGGAAAAUCGUCGCCGUCGAACGUUCGACAAAUGUCACCAAGGCCAGUGAAGAAAGAUGUUUUCAUGUCUCGUAGCUGGGGUCCCGGUGGAUUGCCAUUUUCAGUACUGUACAUGAAUCCUCAUGGUGUCCGAGCGAGCAGCUACCGUCCGAGCACAGGAUAUUCAGAGGUUGUACCAACGAAAGCAAUGCCUGAACCCGAUGCGCGACGAUCUUACGAAGGUGUACCCGCUGCCAUGAAUCCAACGAAACAUCCGAAUUAUCGAGUCGCAGUACGAAACGGGUCAACUGGACAGCCGAGAAGACAAUACUCGAUAAUACCGCAGCUUUUCAUAUCAUACGGUUGGGGACCGUUGGGCAAAUAGAAAAUAAGGAGGAAAAAAUCGUUUGAGAAAAGAAAUACGUACGGACCGGUAUGAAGCGCGACGCAAACUCUCAUUUUCUCUGAUACUCGAGAAAUAUCCCAAAUACGGUCAACAAGUACGGUCACCAAAGAAAACAGCAACAAAUCGACAAACGAAGUUACUCCCCACUCGUUUUAUUCUUAAGGACGAAAUGCUAAUUGUCAAAGCGGAAGUUUUAAUGUCGUGUUUCUCUUCUACCGAGCCCUAUUCGUCAUUCUAUAUUUAAUAUAAUAGUAUUUAAGAAAAACCGCUAACGACCUCCGAACAACGAAUGAAUUCGAUUUUCUGUUCUUAUGAGAACUACGACUACGACGACGACGACGACGACUAAUUUAAACAAACGAAAUAAGAGGGUUGCAAGUGUUGAAUGUUCAUUCGAACCUACGAAUUCAGUGUGCCAUCUUCUCAGGUUGUAAAUAACGAUUUGCCCACUCAAUUGACGUUCACUAGUCUUAUUUCUCUUUCACUCUCUCUCCCUCUUGCCGAGGAACAUGUCAGAGACUUGAGAAAAAUUGUAUAAAAAAUCCAACCGAACGAACCAUUUCUGCGUGAUAAAUAAUAAGUAUUAAUUUACAGUUUAGGACUUGACACUUGUCGUGGUCCACGAUUUUCUUAUCGCAAAAAACAUGUUGCAUCAUUGUUACACAGUAUCGAAAGCGAAAAAACUAAAUCUCACGAGUUAUUUAUUCAUCGUGCAUUCUCACCGGAUAUUCUAUUUGAAUUGUGUAUACGAGGAAAAAAAUACGAAAACAAAAAGCAUAAAGAACGUGCAGCUUA